AUGUCAUCAGUCUAUUCACUCAUUGACUGCCUAGGUCACGUUGUACAAUACCUAUGGUUAUAUCAUUUAUUUCAACAUUGAAUAUAAAUACUGGUGUAGCACAACUUAGCGCUUGGCUUACUAGUCAAGCUAUUCAUGUACCAGCAGGUUGGGUUGAUGCUUGCGUGGCUUGGCUCGCUGAAGAGCAUGGAGGCAUUGAUGCAUGCAGUCAUCUUACAAAGUCUGACUGGUGUCAAUUAAUCUACGAACAGUGGCUUCAUUCUGAUUUGAAACAGUUAGCGUGUCCAGUUCUACCGUCCACUAUAUCUACAACAAUAAAUCAGCAAAACAAUUCACAAAACAAUAGUUCUGCUACCAACACCAAUAGUUCACCUGCACUCAAACUGGAUGGGGAACUUUGUCUUCAAGUUGUCAAUUUAUUCAACAUUGGUGAAUCAUACUAUGGUCAAUUGAGACGACACGAAGGUAAUUUGAGUGUGAAUCUACCGUCAUUGGAAGUAGACAAUGAAAAUAAUGCAGAUGGGCAUACUACACAAAUGACACAAACUUUUAGUCAAUAUCCUAAUCACAAUGCAACACAAACAAACAAUUUUAGGCAGUCAACAUUAGCCAAUUGUCUCACUCUACUUCUUACUGAUGGUGUAAAUGAAAUUAAAGUUAUUGAAUUUGGUACCCAAUCUACAAGAUCAAGAUCUGCUUUACCUUUUAAUGAAUUAUUAAAAAAACUUCGACCUGGAGUCAAAAUUCGUUUACGUGGACCAUUACUUUUACGUAAAAAUGUUUUACUUGUUCCUCCUGGUGCUUUACAGUCACUAUCAAGUCAUCAGUUGGAAGUUUUAGGUGGUGAGGUUGAUGAACUGUUGGAAAAUUAUGAAGAAAAUACAUUUCAUGAACUUGGUAAAUUAUUAGCUAACAAAUUAAAUAUACCAUUAACUGAAAACAAUAGUUUACCAUCAUGGUUUCCUCGUGUAUCAUCUAGACAAACACUCAGUGUACCUAGUGAUGAUCAGUUUCCAAACAUAAAUGAUCCCAGUGAACAGUCUAAUUAUGUAGUAAAUGUCCAAUUAAAUGGUAAUAAUAAUGGUAGCAGUGAGAAUGUUCAUUCUUUGAACAGAGAUUCACGACGUUCUAUUUGUAGUUCAUCGGCUACUGUUUCCAAUGGUAGUAGUGGUGGUGUCGGUGUCAGCAGUAACAUUUCUCCAGAAUUAUGGGAUGAUGAAGUGUUGGAUGAUGCAAUAUUGAGUCACGCUGCUCAGUCCAUGGAAAAACAAUUGGACAGUAAUAAUAAUGAUGUCUCGAGUUCACGACGUCCUAUCCAUUCGUUUAAUGAUCCACUUCGUUUACCAGUAAGUGUUAUAUCUGACAAACAAGAUCAACUAUCAAGUGAAUCAGAAUUUGGUUGUCUGCAACCUAUUCAUGAUGUUGUCAAUGAAAGUGAUAAUGAUUUCCCUGCUACUAUAGAUGAUCCAUUUCUAGAGGAUCAAGUCGAUCCAGAUCUGUUGGCAUCUGCUUUAGCUGAAAUAGACGAACGACAACCGGUGAAUCUUACAAAUUUCCCUAAAACUAACCAGUCAAAAGUGAAUGAAAUGAGAACUUUUCAAUCCACUACAAGCGAAUCAGAAAUAGCUACAACUUCAACAUCUUUAUUUCAAUUAUCAUCGACUAUGAUGACAAAUAGUAGUUGUACAUUAUUAAAUCAACCGAGAAAAUCACAAACAGAACCUAAACAAAGUUUAAAACAAACUUUAUUAAAGUUACAGUCACGCAAUCGAUCAGCGAAUAGUGUCAAUAAUAAUCCUCCAUCCGCUUCUUCUUCUUCUUCGCCCUUUAAACCUCAUUCAACAGAAUCAAUAAAAUCAAAUGUUACCAAGGUACAAACGGAUAAUGACAAUAGUGAAAUUCUUCUACCACCAGCGUCUAAACGUAAAACAUUAGAAUUCAAACAAACAAACAAUACUAUUGAAACAAAUAGUAAAUUUAAAAACAUACUACAAAAUGCAUCUUCUUCAUUGAAUCAUCAAAUUAUCACAAAAACUAAAACAGAUAAUCAUGAUAAACAUAUGGCAGUCAAUGGUAGACAACUAUCCUCCAAUUCAUUGAAAACUGAUUUUCAAUAUGAACCAUUUUGUUACAUUCAAGAUAUCUACCACAAACUACUUAAAACAAAAGAAAGUAGUAAUAAUCCAACUUCCAUAAAUUCUGUCUUUACAAUACGUGGUUUACUUAUUAGUCUGUUGUCAUCAUUGGAACAUCAUCAAGGCACUAAAUGGACACUAGCUGUACGAAUUACAGAUGGUAGUGCAAUUCUUGAUUUAGAUGUCGCUUCAGAUUUAUUAACUGAAUGGAUUGGUUUAACUCCCAGUGAAAGUGAAUCAUUAAGACGAUUGAGUAAAAUUGAUUCGAAUUCUUCUAAUCCACUGGCAGUUCAAGAGGCACAAAAACAUCGUCAACAUUUACGCACAGCAUUAGCAAAUUUUCAAGUGUUCCUGUCACAUUUAGGCGGUUUAUUUCGCAUCACAAUUCAAACAUGCAAUGAUAAUGUUACGAAAUGUGAAAACAGUACAGGUAAUCACAUUCCUGCUACUACUACUGUUGACCAGUCAUCGUCAUCAUCAUCGUCAUCAAUACGUCCUAUUUUAAUAGGUUAUAAAGAAAUGGAUCAUUGUUGGUUGGAAGAAUUACACAAUAGAAUUAAUGUUCGUUAUAUAAAAAAGAAUUUAUUGUAAUUAAAAUAGAUGAACAAGAAAAAAAAAACAUGGCGGUAUUUUUCUUUUCAAUUUUGUAAAUAAACAAAUUUUGAUUUAUAUUUGAGUAUUUGUUUUAUGGCUGUUACAGUUUAUUGUAUUCUGGAU